UAUCAUUCUGCAGCUUUAUUAGAACGAAGGCAGUAGCCAAGUGAAGCAUCUGGAAUCACACUGAAGUCACUCGGAACUCUGCAAAUCACUUCAUUCUUCCUUCUGCUACAGAGCUCACAUCCCUGAUUUCCAGUGUGUUUCAUUCCAAAGAACUGAACAAGAAAGCAACUGUGCAACAUGACAUUUGAAGAUUUCGAGAACUACUCUUAUUUCUAUGACCUGUCUGAGGAAGAUGAAUCACCCCAGUCCUCCCUCAGCAUUGCCCAUAUGAUUUCCCUUUCCUUUUACAGUGUGGCAUUUCUGCUGGGAGUGCCAGGUAAUGCCAUCGUCAUCUGGUUUAUGGGCUUUAAGUGGGAUAAAUCUGUUUCCACACUCUGGUUCCUCAAUCUGGCCAUUGCAGAUUUCAUUUUUGUUCUCUUUCUGCCCCUCUAUAUUACAUAUGUGGCAAUGGGCUUCCACUGGCCUUUUGGGAAGUGGCUCUGCAAAAUGAACUCGUUCAUUGCACUACUUAAUAUGUUUGCCAGUGUUUUCUUCCUGACAUUCAUCAGCCUUGACCGCUACAUCCGCCUUGUCCACCCAGUCUUUUCCUACAAGUAUCGGACUGUAAGGAACACCCUCAUUCUUAGUGGGAUCAUUUGGAUGUCAGCUGCAGUUAUUGGUGGCCCUGCCUUAUACUUUAGAGACACAGCUACAAUUCUCAACAAUGUGACCAUUUGCUACAACAACUUCCAUGUCCAUGACAGAGAACUUAUUUUGCUGACACAUCACAUUCUCAUUUGGGUGAGGCUUGCAUUUGGUUACCUCUUUCCUCUAGUGACCAUGGUCAUUUGCUACUCAUUGCUGAUUGUCAAAGUGAAGAGGAGAACUGUAUUGACUUCCAGCAGACUUUUUUGGACCAUCAUUGCUGUAGUUGUAGCUUUUUUUGUUUGCUGGACACCAUAUCACAUAUUCAGCAUUGUGGAGCUGUCUGCUCACCACGAUGAGAAUUUGCAUGACUUACUGCAGGAUGGCAUUCCCCUUUCCACUGGCCUUGGUUUCAUCAACAGUUGCCUCAAUCCAAUCCUCUACGUUCUGAUUAGCAAAAAGUUCCAGGCCCAGGUCAAGACAACAGUCUCUGAGGUGCUAAAAUUGGCACUGUGGGAGGUGAGCCGCUCGGGAACUGUCAGUGAGCAACUGUGGAGCUCGGACAACACCCACGCGCCUGUGCACUACUGUGAAACUGCUCAGUGACUGCUCUUGUCACCACCCCUCUCCAAAAUAGCUGACAGGAGAUUUGGAGGUGUUCUUGACUUCACAUCU